AUGGCGGACAGAGACAAGAGGAAAGCCAGCCCGCCGCCUGGACGCAACAUCCAGGUCAACUCCCCGGCCAGCUUCAGGUUGACCCAUGACAUCAGCCUGGAUGAGUUUGAAGAUGACGACCUGUCGGAGAUUACAGAGAUCACAGACGAGUGCGGGAUGAGCCUCAACUGCAAUGGCCCAGAUAUUAAGGGCCGUGUGAGGCGAGGAACCAAUAGCAUGUCGGGGAGGGCCGAGCUGGGUGCCGUCGGCCAGCUCCAGGCAGAGAUGCUGCAUUUGGAACUCAUCGACGGUGCUGACGGUUACCGCGGUGACAAAGAGUCCUUGAAGGCAUCAGCCAUCGCACCCCAGCCAGUCACCAAGGACCCUGCAGCACCUGUUACUAUGGAUACCUACCGGCCCAAGAGACCCACGACCCUUAACCUCAUCUCGAUUGUGCCGCGCACACAGGACACGUUAAACAACAACUCGUUUGGGAAGAAAUACAGUUGGCAGGAGAAGGUUUCAGGCUCGUCCUCGCCUCUGAAAACAGGCGAGCGCACCCCUCCGCGCGAGCACAGCUGCCUGAGCGACGAGGACAAGGUGCAGGGCGGCGGAGCGCAGACCAAAGACCGCGGGACCUCCACCGACGCCCCCUGCAGGCACGGCCACACCUCGGGACACUCGCACGGCUCGUCCACGACGUCGGCGGCUCGCUCCAAGCUCCAGGAGAAGCCGCCGGCGCCGCCCCCGCCGCAGAACUACACCCCGGCUCCUCUGUACCCGGCAGGGAAGGCGGAUGGAGGUGGGCCCCACCGGGAGAGGAUCCGCUACCACACGGAUGUCCAUAUAGAGCCCACGGAGGAGAUCUACCUGACUCCUGUGCAGCGUUCGGCGGACUCUCUAGACCCCCCCAACGCGCAGGACCGGCCCUUCCUCUCGCAGCAGACCGAGCAGGGCCGUAUGUCCAUCAGCUCCGACACAGAGGGCCCGCCUCCUUACCAGCCCCUCCCAGACCGGACAAACCCCUCCAUCUAUGAGGAGGACGAGGUCUACGUCGCCCCGCCUUCGUAUGCUUCUUGCGUAGAGUCCCUCGUCACGCCGCCCAGCACGGCGCGCUCCUCCCUCACGCUGGACCUCAGCCGGAAGGGGUCAGGAACGGGGGCCGGGGUCAUGCUGCCACCCGGAUCGUCGGUGGAGUACGUGGACGCCACGGACGACAGCUACUGCGGCGAGGAUGAGGACGUGGACAGGAUAAUGAUGGACGGAAGGAUGAGCAAGGGGGGAGGAGCGGGUGGCGGCGGUGGCAGCAGAGUCCCACUAAGAACUUCCAUGAACUCGGAGGCCAGCGGCCUUUCGUACGACUCGGUCAAGUACACUCUGGUGGUGGAUGAGCACGCUCAGCUGGAGCUGGUCAGCCUCCGGCAGUGUUACCAAGGCUACAGCGACGACAGCGACUCGGCCACCGUCUACGACAACUGCGUCUCCUCUCCCUACGAGUCGGCCAUCGGGGAGGAGUACGAGGAGGAGGAGGAGGAGGAGGAGGAGGAGGAGGAGGAGGACGAUGAGGACGGCAUUCAGAUAGGAGUAGUGAGGAGAGAGGCAACGGCUUGUCUGUCCGAGGAAUCCACUCCAGAGGUCGACCUGCACUUCUCCAAGAAGUUCCUCAACGUCUUCAUGAAUGGACGCUCUCGCUCCUCCAGUUUAAAAGGUGCAGAGUCCUUUGGCCUGUUCUCCUGUCUCAUUAAUGGAGAGGAGAGGGAUCAGAGCCACAGAGCUGUCUACAGGUUUGUCCCCCGUCACGACGACGAGUUGGAGCUGGAGGUGGAUGAUCCGCUGCUGGUGGAGGUCCAGUCGGAGGAUUACUGGUACGAGGGCUACAACAUGCGAACUGGUGCCCGUGGGAUCUUCCCAGCUUACUACGCUAUAGAGGUGACCAAGGACACUGAGAACUACAAAGUGAAGAGCAGUGAAUGGAUGGACAGAUACCGGCUAAAGUUCCUGGGCUCAGUUCAAGUGCCCUUCCACAAAGGAAAUGAUGUUCUGUGUGCAGCUAUGCAGAAGAUUGCCACCAACAGACGGAUGACAGUGAAGUACAACCCGCCGUCCUCCUGCAUCCUGGAGAUCAGCGUGAAAGGCAUCAAGCUCGCAGUUCAAGAGGAUUAUUACGCCCACGACAGAAGUAACGAGUGCAGCCACUUCUUCCAGUUAAAGAACGUCUCCUUCUGCGGCUACCACCCCAAAAACAGCAAGUAUUUUGGUUUCAUCACUAAACACCCUGCAGACCAGAGGUUUGCCUGCCAUGUGUUUGUGUCUGAAGACUCCACUAAAGCUAUUGCAGAGUCAGUAGGGAAAGCCUUUCAGUUUUACUAUAAAGAAUUCGUGGAGUUCUCGUGCCCGACCGAGGACAUCUACCUGGAAUAG